AUGCAAAUCAUCUCAUCUUGUGCCCUUCCCGCCCAAGCAGCCUCGAGAUUCCCGCGCCGCGUAAUCCCACCCUUUCAGUUCCAGAAGAAUCCCUUGCGCGAAUUUCCUGCCUUCCUGGCCAUGUCCUCCCUGCUCUCGCUCCGCACCGUCUCCUCCACUACGGCGUCUCCUUUCCUUCGCGCCUCUUUCCUCCGCCAACUGCCCCGCGCAUCAUUCCCCGCGCCCCGUCCUUCCGCGUCCCUCCCCGCGAGUACCCCCCCGUUCCUUCCCGCGGGCUCGAGCUUAUUCUUCCGCCGUUCCACUCGGCGCUCGGCACCCUCCGCGCAGUUCCCCGCCGGCGGAAGCUCCGCUUGGCGCGCUCGCGAGCGCGUGCUUGUCACGAGGGCCGGCAUGGAGGCGGAGCGACCAAGCCAAGGCGCGGGGAAUGCGCGCGCGGAGGGGGAUGUGCGCGUGGAGGAGGGCGCGCUGUCGUAUUUGGGUCAGGCGGAAGCUAUCGCCGUGGACGAGGCGCUGUUCUCGAGCCUGGGAUUCAGCGUCGACCAGCUCAUGGAGCUGGCAGGGCUGAGCUGUGCAUGCGCCAUCUACCAGGAGUACCCCCCAUCGCACUUCCCCUCGGUGCUGAUCAUCUGUGGGCCGGGCAACAACGGGGGGGACGGGCUCGUGGCAGCACGUCACCUCUUCCACUUUGGCUACCGCCCUGCUGUCUGCUACCCCAAGCGGACGCCCAAGCCCCUUUACCAAGGGCUCGUCACGCAGGUGAAGUCCCUGGGAGUGCCGUUCCUGUCGCCCGACCAGCUGCCGUCCCCCCUGCUGCCCUCCUUCCACCUUGUCGUUGAUGCCAUCUUCGGCUUCUCCUUCCAAGGCUCCCCCCGGCCUCCCUUUGACUCCAUCCUGGCCAGUCUCAUCGCGCCACCUGGCAGCACGGCAGAGGCUGCAGGCAUCCCCCCUAUAGUGGCCAUUGAUAUCCCUUCAGGGUGGGAUGUGGAGCGGGGAGACGCUGCUGGGACAGGCCUGAAGCCCGAUAUGCUGAUCUCCCUCACGGCUCCCAAGCGCUGUGCGCUCUCCUUCGCCGGUGGCCACCACUACCUGGGCGGCCGCUUCGUCCCGCCCGCCAUCCGCACGCGCUACAACCUGCGCCUGCCGCCCUUCCCCGCCGCCCAGCAGUGCGUGCGCCUGGGGGGUGGCUCUGGAGGUUCCACACUAGCACCAGGAGAUGCCGAUUCUGGUGCUAGUGCAGGGAGGGGAGGGGCGGAGGCACAGGGAGGGGCAGGCGGAAGCAGUGAAGAUCGGAAUGGUGGUAGCGGCAGUGCUGGUGGCGGUGGUGCUGCAGUUGGGGUGGUGGAUGUGGCGUCUCUGCGCAGGGAGUACUCAGGGAGGGCUCUUCUGAAGAAGGACGUUCUGCCCGAUCCCAUUGACCAGUUCCAAGCAUGGUUCAAGGAGGCACUAGCUGCCAGUGUGCCGGAACCCAAUGCCAUGACCCUUUGCACCGUGGACGAGGCUGGGAGACCCUCAGCGCGCAUUGUGCUUCUCAAAGGGGCGGACGCGGCGGGCUUUGUCUUCUUCACAAACUACAGAAGCCGCAAGGGGCAGGAGCUUCUGGGCCAGCCUGGCGUGCCGUCCGCUCAGGCCGCCCUUGUCUUCUACUGGGAGUCGCUGCACCGACAGAACUCUCCCACCACAGGUGCGAGUGGAGGGAGAGGUGGAGAAGAUACCUGA